UUGUUUUUGUUUUGAAUUUGUACAUACUUUUCUAUAUCAAUGAAAAAAACUUCCUUUCCACCAUUCCAUCCAUCUAACCAAUCACAUUUUCAUGUCCAUGAUCACUCACCUUCAUCUCCUCCUCAAUGCUCAGUGUCGACUUUUCAUCCUCACUCAAUCUCAUCCCAAUUAAAGUACUCUAGCUGUCACCCAUAGUUGCACUACAAUUUUAUCAUCCACCUCCUUUGGCUAUUCUUCUAUUCCUGGGCACUGUUGAAUGAACCCCUUUGGAUAUCAAACCUUAACCUAACCCUAUAUAUCUUCACCCAUCGUCAAAGAAUUUGUCGUCAAAGACGGGCUGAGAAGAAAUAGUAACUAUUAAUACAUGUAUUGUAAUUCCAUCAAUUAUUAGCUGGAUAUGAAAUAAAAAAAAUCCUGAUCAUACAGUGAAUCAAGCAUUAAAAAAGAACCACAGGCACCCCAAAAUCUAACAGUUUUCCAUUACAAAUAUGGGUCUAAGACUUUAUUAAUAAAAUAAGAAAAAUACAAUGAUCAUGGUGAUGAAAAAUGGCUUAAAUGCUCAAAUGCUAUUUUUCUUGGGAAUAUGAGAUUGCCUAUUCUAUAAAUUGGUCAUGAAAUUGGUAGGUGUUUGCUUAUAAAUGGAACAAGACCAAAGAAACCCCUGGGUAACCGUGUAUCCACAUGCUCCCAAAAAACAAUGGCUAUGUGUUGUGGCUGUCCCGCUAGUUCUAACUCCUAAGUAUUUUGUGUUGUUGACAUAUUAUGUGAUCACCAUACUAAGCUAAGGGAUCACCAUACUAAAGUUAAGGGGUCACCAAGGACACAUUCAGUGAGAAUUUUCUAGAAUCAUAAUCUAACUAGCUAGUGUUGGCCAAUUUCUUCAAAUUGACACCCUAGACCUAAACAUGCUCUGACUGUAUUGUGUUUUUCAGAAUGUUGAGUCUUUCCACCAUUCCAUCCAUCCAACUGAUCACAUUGUCAUGUCCAUAACCACUCGUAUACAUCUCCUCUCAAUUUCUCAGUAUCGAUCUUUCUCCCUAUUCAAUCUCAUCCCAACUGAAGGUACUCUAGGUGUCACCCAUGGUUGCACUACCAUUUUGUCAUCCACCUCCGUUGGCUAUACUUCUAUUCCUGAGCACCGGUGAGUGACCCCUGUGGAUAUCGAACCUUAACCUAACCCUAUAUAUCUUCACCCGUCGUCGACGAAUUUGUCUUCCUCGCUAAGAAGGGAGAAAGGUGCGCUGAGAAGAAAUAACUAUUACUACCUCCAUCUUGGUUUAUUGGUCCUUAUUGUAAUAUGUGUCAAAUUUUGACCAUAAAUUUAAGUGACGAAAUGUCAUGCAUGUCACCAAAAAUUAUCAUUGAAAACUAUGUUUAAAUAUGAGUCCAACGAUAUAAUUUUUGUUGACAUGCACUAACAUUUUGUCACUAGCAAUAAAUCAGGAUGGAGGUAAUGUAAGACGUUUUUUUGACUCUAGUGUAGUGUCAAAAAACGUCUUACAUUAUGGGACAGAGGGAGUAGUAAAUAAUGUAUUGUAAUUUCCUUAAUUAUUAGCUGAAUUCUGGAUAUGAAAUAGGAAAAAAAAACUGAUCAAACUGUGAAUCAAGCAUGAUUUAACUAUUAUUGGUGUAAGACUAUAUUAUUAAAAUGAAGCAGUUUAUAUUUUAACCCCAAAAUCAAGCAGUUUUCCAUUACCAAUAUGGGUGUAAGACUAUAUUAUUAAAAUAAGAAAAAGAAAAAGAAAAAGGGCAAUGAAAAGGACACCAACCUUUAAACCUCCUUCCUUCCCUCGCUCCCGUUCUCUCCUCUCCUCUCCUGCUCUCCUUCCACCCGCUCGCCCCACGCGACAAUGGUCUACACAAUCUCCCCCCCUUCUCCUCCUCCAUCCCCCACCUCGCCCCCAACCCAAUGUCUCCCAUUUUUUCCCGCUCACCUCUAACCCUGCUCGCUCUCCUCCUCGCGCCCUCCCACCCCUCGCUGCCUCCUCCUCCUCCUUCCCGCUUCCCACCAUCGCCAUCGCCGCCGCCGGCACCAACACCGCCUCCCCACACCACCUCGCCUGCGGCCUCGUGUCCAACGGCACAGGCUACCAGCUCUCCUGCGCCAGCGUCACCAACCGCUCCGCUAGCCCCCGCAAGUACGGGUAUGGCGGCGGCAGUACCACGCCCUUCUCCGCCCUCGUCGCCGGUGAUGGGUACCUCUGCUCCGUCGACCCGAUCUCCUCGCCGCCCGUGUCCAUGCGCUGGUGGGACUUGAACGACGGCGAGGAACCGUCCAAGAGGGUGUACAGGGGCGAGGCGCUGUCUGCGGUGGCCGGCGGCGGGGAGUACGUGUGCGGACUAGUGGAGAAGAGGAUAAAGUGCUGGAGGUGGGAAUGGGGGGCCGUGCCGGAAGAGGUGGGGUUCUCGGCGCUGGCGGUGGGCGGCGGGUUCGUCUGCGGGCUGGUGGCCGGGACAGGGGAGCUGAAGUGCUAUGGCAAUGGGGACGCGGUGGGGCGGGAGCCGAGGGGCAGGUACAUGUUGCUCGCCGCCGGUGAGAGGCACGCCUGCGCGGUGGACCACAGAGGCAUGCUGGGGUGCUGGGGAGAGGCGGCCGCUGUUGCGGCCGCGGCGCCGCCGAAGCUGAUUCGCGCUGUGUCCACGGUGGCGGUGGGCGACGCUCUCACGUGCGUGCUGUGGGGGAACUGGACGGUCUCCUGCUGGCCGGAGGAGGAUGCGGCUGUGCCGCCGGAGAUAUCGCAGGAGCAGUUCGUCGCUCUGGAAGCGAGGGGGAAGGUGGUGUGCGGGGUGCUCAUGUCCGACUACUCGCUGGUGUGCUGGGGCGGAGAUGUUGCCGGCGGGGUGAGGAAGGUGUUCGACAAGGUCCUGCCGGGGCCGUGCGCGCCGGCAAGGUCGUGCCCGUGCGGCGUCUGGUCAGGCUCCGCGAUGCUCUGUGACAGCGGUGGCGCGGCCAUCUGCUACCCCUGCGGCUACACUCCUCCCAUGAAUGCGCAGGCGCCUACGUCCAACCCGCGGGCGUCGACCUCUCACACGAGGAAGAAGCGGCGGCCGAGCGAUCUUGUGAUCGCAAUGAUAAGCUUUGGAGCUGGUUCAGGACUCGUGGUCCUCGUCGGCGCGCUCUUGGUCGCUUACUGCCUGCGCCGGCGCAGCCGCAGCCGCAGCAGCUGCUCCCAUGACUCCGGGCGCAUCCACGCCGAGCCGAUGACAACUCCGGUGCCGCGCGUGCCGCGGCGGCUCAGCAUGCUGCUCUCCAAGGGCCCGAACACGACGGUGGAGCAGUUCCCCCUGGCAGCGCUCCGGGCCGCCACGGACGUCUUCUCGCCGUCCCACCGCAUCGGCUCCGGCAGCUUCGGCGCCGUCUACCGCGCGUCCCUCCCCGACGGCCGCGAGGUCGCCAUCAAGCGCGCGGAGCGGCGUGACUCGGGCGCCUCAUCCUCCGCCGCCGCUGCGGCGGCGCGUCGCGUCAACCACGAGUCGGCCUUCGUCUCAGAGCUCUCGCUGCUCUCCCGCCUGAACCACAAGAACCUUGUCCGGCUGCUGGGAUUCUGCGCCGACGGCGGCGAGCACAUCCUGGUGUACGAGUUCAUGCACAACGGCACCCUCCACGACCACCUCCACAAGCGCCCCGCCCCGCUCUCGCCGCCGCUCGCCUCCUGGCCGUCCCGCCUCCGCCUCGCCCUCGGCGCGGCGCGCGGCAUCGAGUACCUGCACACCUACGCCGUGCCGCCCAUCAUCCACCGCGACAUCAAGUCGUCCAACAUCCUCCUCGACGCCUCCUGGUCCGCCAAGGUGUCCGACUUCGGCCUCUCGCUGCUCAAGAACCUGGGCACCGGAGACAAUGCCGGCGGCGAGGAGCCGUGCGUGACGGCCGGGACGGUGGGGUACAUGGACCCGGAGUACUACCGGCUGCAGCACCUGACGGACAAGAGCGACGUGUACAGCUUCGGGGUGCUGCUGCUGGAGCUGCUGUCCGGGUGCAAGGUGAUACAGAGGUACGAGGGGAGCGGCACGCCGAGGAACGUGGUGGACAUGGCCGUGCCGUACAUCGAGUCGGACCGCGUGCACCGGGUGCUCGACAUCCGACUUCCGCUGCCGACGCCGGGGGAGAUGGAGGCCGUCGCCUACGUCGGGUACCUGGCCGCGGACUGCGUCCGGCUGCCCGGGCGCGAGCGGCCCUCCAUGAGCGAGGUGGUCGGCGUGCUCGAGCGGGCCGUUGCGGCAUGCGAGGAGCACGAGGAUAGCCCGGACGGCGGCGAGGCGGCCCUGUCGCGGUCGUGCACCGAUGGGUCCACCACCAUGUGACGUGGCAUGCAUGGCAUGCCAUCAGGCAUUGCAUGGCUCGUCCCUCGCCUCCCCCGGUGGCAAGAACACAUGGAGUUUCUUGAGGUUUUGUUUGUUUGUUUACUUUUCUCUAUUCUCUUUGUAGUUAUAUGCGUGUAGAGUAGAUCAUUUAGUGAAAACAUUUUUGCUUUGCCUAAUUGGAUGGCAAGAAAAGAAAUGUAUAUAUUCCUAUGUUGUCUGA